AUGUUUAAAAUCGAGUCCUAUAUAACACCCAUCAUACUCAAUUAUUUGGCGAAAUAUGUUAAGAACAUUAGACCACAAGAUUUUCAGGUAUCUUUGUGGGAGGGCGAAGUAACAUUUCAAAAUCUCGAUUUACGGCUGGAUGUUUUGGAGCAAGAGUUAAAUUUACCAUUUGAAUUUCUAUCGGGACAUAUACACGAGCUGGCCAUACAGGUGCCAUGGACGAAAAUAACAUCUGAACCCAUCAAGGUAUUGAUCAAUACCAUUGAAUUUGUGCUGAAGGCUAAAACUGUUGUAGAACAUGGUGCGAAGUCAUCGGCUGGCAAUUCUCCACAACAUAGCGCUGCCAUGGUGGAGGGUAAUGCAAAGGCGCAGCGGAAAGAUGAUGACUCGUCGAGUAUGAGUUCGGGGCUGGCAAUGAAAAUUGUCAAUAACAUCAAUAUCCAGUGUCAGAAUAUCAUUUUGAAAUAUGUUGAGGAGGACAUCGUGGUGUCGAUGAAUGUUCAGUACUUGAGUUAUUGUCCCGCCAAUGAGUUGUGGCAGCCGGCCAUGGUUGAUGUGAAUCCACAUAAGGUGUUGAUGCGUAAACUAAUUAAUAUUUCGGAUUUAACGAUAUGUUUGGAUAGGCGCAAUUCUGCAGGUCAAAUUGAUGUGUGUCAGGAACCGGUAUUAUAUAGAUGUACCUUGGAGAUACGAUUUUUGAGGAAAUACAAUAGCAACACCUUGGCCACUAGCAGUAUAACACGCAUUGGUAUAUUCACACAAGCCCUUGAUCUAAACCUCUCAUCUCUGCAAAUACCAAUGUUAAUGCGUCUCAUUAAAUUCUUAACAUCAUUAUCGGGUGAUAGUGAUUCCGAAGAUGAUCCAUGUUCGGUUAAUAAAGAACGAGGUGUUGCGGAAAAUUCCUCCGAUGCGGCAGGUUCUUCAUAUUUAUCAUGGGCCUGGAAUUUAUUACCCAGUUUUACAUUUGAAGAAUCCGAUGAAGUGGAUAGUGGAGGUGAUGAUGCCCCGGGCCAUACAAAAGAUGUCGGCAUAUAUGUAGAGGAGUUGAAUUUUACUUUGAAAAAUUCUGAAUUUAUUAAUGAUGCGAUUAUGGGUGGCAUAAAACGUAUUCGAUAUACACCAAUUGUACGUUUUACAUUUGGCGGAUUGUAUUUUGAGCGGGUGGCGGUAAAGGAAAUUGAUUGGAUUAGCACUAAGGCUGGUCUUUCGUCGAUAUAUGUUGAACCGUUGGGUCAAUAUCGUACGGAAGAUAAUCAUGAGGCGUUGGCAUUGUUGGAGACAUCACCGUACACCAAUAUGCGUUCCUUCAUCGACAAAUCCCUCUUCGAUGAACAAUGUAUGAUUGCCGAUCGCGGCUGGGGUGUUACCAACUAUGAGGAUUAUGUUACACGCAUCACUGAUGAUUAUCUCAUUUUUCGUAGCCCAGUAUUUGCAUUGGACAUUAUAACAUAUCGUUCUGCGUCCGGUUCUUGUGAAUCCAAAGAUGCCAGCAAUAUUACCACAAAUAUAAGUGGCAAGAAAAUCUAUGAUAUACACAAGCAAUGUCGUCUGCUGUCGUCGGGCAUAACAUUUCGUUUGAAUGAAACAUUUAUGCAGGUUAAAAAUAUUAUUAAAAAUUUCAUAGAUUUAUACGAUUCAUCAAUUAAUGCCUAUUCGUCAUCAAAUGCAGAGAAAAUCGAAAUACAUGAUUCAAGUGCAACAACCAAAUUACAUCCACCUUUGGUAGAAGAUUAUGAUGCCCUUAUGCAGGGGGUGCCCUUGUGUAAAUAUAAAAUCGAUUUGAAAUAUAUGCAAGUGGAAAUAUUUGCCAAAACUGAACCAUCAGCACAGAGUAGCCGAUCCAUAUAUCGUCGUUUACCAUCAUCAAUAAAAAAUUCCCUUCCUUUUCUUUUGGUAAAUUUUGAUUUUAUUGAACUUUAUUUAACCACACCUUUAAAUCCCGAUAAACUAGUACACACCACAUGUCAACUACCGGAUAAACCUCAAGAACUUCUCAAUGCCUGUUAUGAUAAUUAUGAAUUGAAUAUUGGUGAUUUUACAUUGAGUCUAAUGUCCCCAUCUAAGGACACUGCAAUACGUCUUGUGACAAUACCAAAAUUAUGUUUGUCCUAUGGUAGUUUACUCCAACCCUAUCACUGGAAAACGGAUGAAGUUUCUAUUAAAAAAAUCGAUUUACAUUGUGAUCAGAUACGUAUGGAUUUCUCGAAACGGGAAUUAUUUGCUGCUCUCUAUUUGUAUGAAUCGUUGUGGUCAUAUCAGCCUCAAUUGUUGAUCAGGGUUUCAACAAUUUUAAAUCAUCCUUAUGAGUUGGCAGAUUCCAUAGCCUUAAGUUGUGGAUUUAAUAAAUUGCAAAUGAAGCGGAGACUCUAUCACACAUUUGAUAUUUGGAAUGCUCAUUUGUCAGCGGUUACGGCAGAUGUCCUAAUGGAAAGAAAAUCGGUUCAAGUUCAACGUUAUAAUAUAUUUAACACCACAUCGAAGAUGCAUAAUAAUCAAAAUAAAUGGUUGGAAGUGCAUAUACAAUAUCCGGGAGUCAAUGGAGAAGUGUCUACAAGUCAUCAGAAAUCGGCAAAGAAGGAACCCAAAGAAUCCAUUAAUAUGGCUAUUGGUAUAUGGAUGGAAAAGUUUUAUUUCAAUUGUAACAAGCAGCUAUUGGAUUUUCUUUCGUUGGUUUGUCAGGAGGAUGAGCGAUAUUGUAGGGACUUUUCAGUUGAGUCCGAUGUUCAAAGUCAAACGGUACAAAAUCCAGCAGUUCCUAGCAGUCACCACACAAGUUCAGCCCACUCAACGGCCUAUCAAACAAAUCCCUCUAUGCCACAAGUAUUUGGUAGAAAAUCAUCAAGGAAUUCAAAUUCUCUACGAAAAAUUUCCCAUCCCGAGGAGACAAUACAUUACAGUUCCGAGAAAGAUGAACGAAUAGAUACAACGACAACAGAAACCAAACCCUCAGACGAAGAAAAAAUUAAAAAUUAUUUUAAAAAAUUCAAUACAAUUAUUAUUUAUAUGGAUAUAGCACAAAGUCAAAUGGACAUAACAACAAAUCACAAAUAUUUAUCGAAAGAUGAUACCCAGGAUUUUACACGAUUCACAUUGCCCCACAUCAUUUUGAAAUCAACUUUUGCCGAAUAUAUAACACGUUCAAGUUUGCGUUUAAAAGUUAAUCCACCAUUAAAUACCAAGACCACCUUUAAUUGGACAAUACAAUUUUUGGAUUUGUCUAUUGCAACCAGUAUAAAUGAUCAGCUAUAUGCUGUGCUACAGCCUUGGCAAACCACUGUCACGGUGGCCAUGAAUAAACGUAAACAAAAUUUGCCAAUACCCACCAAUCUUUCCGAAUAUACAUCACCGACCUUUAAAACCCAACAACAGCAUACAUCACCACGAAGUAGUAAACAAAAAUCGAAACAUCCAACAUCGGAACAUGCUGCAAAGUCACAGGAUAACUCGUCGGUAUCUUCGGGUUCAUUGAAGGAAAUUUUUUCGGGCAGUGAACAUUAUAAAGAUUCAUCAUCAGCCACACCAUCAUUGCCAAAAAUGUGUCCAAAGGCCGCAGCGAAUGCUGAGGGGGUUUGUGGUGGUGAUAAGGUCCAGGAAUUAAUAUGCCUUAAUUUACAUUUGGAUUCAUCGACGGUGUAUAUGUAUGUAAAUAACAUCAAGACGCUGCAAGGACAUUUUCAACAUUUUAUGAAAAUUAUGGAAAUGUCCUCGCUGAUAGUGGUUGGCAAGAGGGAUAUAUCAGCUGGCAACUGCAAUAAACAACCAGUGAAAAUUCUAACCCUUACCGAAGAUCAUCAUCAUAUUAAGGAGUUCAUGGAUCUCGAUUCGAAUUCGGAUAUAUCAGCGAAGCCAACUAGUGAAUAUAAAUCCCUGCUGAAUAAACUCUCCCUUUUCUGCCAAUGGACUGUGACAAAGGUCAUAGCAGAAGUUGUCAAUGCACCCGAACAGCCACAGCGAAGUAAAAUCAUAUUGGAACUUGAAGAUUUCCUCUGCACCCUUGAUCAGGGGCAGGAUUUUACAAAAUAUACAAAUAAAAUUGGCAAUUUCAAUUUAAAUUAUUAUCAGCAAAAAUCCGCAAACGAAUGGUUGGCCCAGGAGCGUAUACGUAUCCGAAUGAUUGCCGAAACCACAGAUUUGCCAUUUUUAAAUAUUGUCCUUACAAAAGUAUGCUUGAGAGAUUUUUACAAGCGUAUUGGUGUUAAACGUAAAGGUGAAAUGGAUCGUUUUAUAAGUGAAAUUGUUGUUAUAAUGCAGGCUAUGGAAAUUAUUAUGGAUUUUGAUGGAAUACUAGAAUUUUUGCAGCCAUUGUGUGCUCUAAUGUGGGAGGAGGAGAGUGCCACUGACAAAGAAGGAGAAAAUCUGCAUGAGGUUAAAAAGAUAAAAGAAGAAUCGAUUGUAAAAGCUGCCGAUUUGCCAUUGGUACAUUUUGAAAGUAAAGGCAUAACAUGUUAUUUCCCCUUGGCCAAUGGAAUAGCACAACAACAACAAUGUUCAGUGUUAAUAUGUAAAAUUGAUAGCAUCAAUAUAACACCGAACUUACAAAAUCCACUUCAACGUAAACCCCAACGUCCCGAUGUUUAUGGUAAAGCAGCGACAAUGGGUAUUUUAAGUAUACCCGGUUCAAUGGUGGAGGAUCGUCAAUAUGAGUUGACGCUGAGAAAGUUUUCGGCCGCCUCCGGCAAUUGGCAUGAAAUUUUAACACAUAUGCGUAAUAAAGAUCAUAAUUUCCAUACAAAUCCAGCUGUCGAAUGGAAUAAUCCAGAGCGAAAACAAUCAUUACGUUUGGCAGAGAUUUUCAAAAAUUUCACUUUGAUUGUCAUCUACGCUCCGAAUAUAGUGUAUAAUAAUAUUCUCAUUUGUGGAGAGGCUUUGGAGUUUAAUUGCUCAUCGGAUUUAUUGACGAAUAUUACUACAGAUCAAUUGAAAAUGUUCGCGGGUCAUUGGCGGAAAUUGCAACAAAUAUCAGACACAAUAAACAAUAUGACUAAACGAAAAUUGAAUUCCACCAGCAAACGAUUAUCACCGUAUAGUAAAUAUCAAUUGGAAACAAUGCAAAACCUGGAUCACGUUGGACCUUUCCAAACAAAUCUACGCCACAUGAAAACGGAGAAACAAAAAAAUUCAACCAAUACAGCAGAAAUUCGUCGUUUUACCCGUUUGGGUUCGGCAUCACAAUUUGAAUCGAUUGAUGAAGAUGGUGAGCCUCAACUGAAAACCGAUUCGGGUGUACAAUCCAUUACUUCCAAACCUUCAGUAGCAACCAACAUUCCAUUGGAUAAAUUUUCACAAAUCUAUCCAAACAUAAUAGCAUCACAUUCAAUAAUUAGCAACAAAAGAAAUCUACCCAAAUCGAUAUCAUUAUUGGCUGGGGUGUUUACAUUUAAAAUCUAUGAUUCGACUACAUCCUCCCACGAAGAUAAUUUGGCAGUGGAAAAUAAUGAGGGUAUAGGCAAACCCCUUAUGUCUAUGACUAUAUCGCAACCCAGUUUUAUGAUUACGCAAAAUAUUUACGAUUCGGUGGUGAAUUUUUCAGUUUUCAAUGUAAAAUUAUUUUUACCACAAAUUCAAAAUUGCAAUUGGCGGCCACAAACAAGUUUUACGAGUCCCACAUCACCAGUGGAACAAUUUUGUGAAGCCAUCAUUGACACCAAACCAGGAGAAUUAAGUUCAACGGGUAUACCACCGGCAUUGCUGACCUACAAAGCAAGUCAGACAAAAUUAAAAAUGCUUGAAAUCGAUAUUGAUUUAUCGAAACCAUUGGUUCUCACCCUAAGCCAAUCGUAUAUAGAGGAAAUGUGUAAAAAUCUUAUGAUAAUCUAUAACAGCAUACAUUCACAACAAACGCCACAGACAACCACUUGCCAGCAACAACCCAUACAUCGUCUAUCGAAAAUUAUGCUCAUGAAAGCCAAUACCUUAAAUGCCGAUCGUUUAAAUAUAAAAUGCAACAACAUUGCCCUGAAGCUAACCAAUCACCUUGACUAUGAAACCAAUUUAAAUCUCAAUGAGCUGAAAAUAAAUCUAAAAUAUUUAACGCGUCCCGAAAAGUGUUCAAUAAAAUAUUCAUUGGCCGCUGUAUAUUUACGCACAAAUCGUAAAAUAUUUCUUCACCCCAUGUCGCUAAAGGGUUCCAUUGAUUUUGUUAGUGAACCCUGGAAUCGUUUGCCACUCGUUAAUGUCAUCUGUAAAUUUAAUGUUAUACAAAUCGAGUUGGGUGUUUCAAUAUUGCAACAAAUGCAACAAGCCUUAAAUGAUUUAUCAUCUAUUGCUGGGUAUGCUCAAAAACAAUUACAACAAUUUCAAGCUUUGAAUUUACAUGAUGAUUUUGGUUAUCAUGUAAAUCGUCAAAUAUUACGUCAACUGAAAUAUCCCAAAGUAAAUUCAUUUGUGAAGAGUAAUAAGAGUUUGAAACGUGAGGAGUUCUAUCAAGAUGAUUUGAGAGCUGGAGCUUUUCAAUUUGUGGAACUGAUGUCUGAUGCGGUUUUGCCAUUGCCAUAUCAGGUGCAAAUUAUCAAAAAGGAUUAUGGUAUUAUUUGUUGGCGUUAUCCCCAGCCCAGAAAAAUGUGUAAAAUACACAUAUAUCCGGUGCCAAUGGCGGUUUCCAAUCCCAUACACAUACGCUGUCGCAUGGAAUACUUCAGUGAGGUGCAUGAACAAUUUUUACAUUUUUGUGAUUUUUGGCUGUCGGAAACCAACUCCAAAGAUAUUAAAUUACCAGAACGUGAAAUUUGUGCUACCAUUUGGCGUGUUGUUAUUUUACAAUCUCUCGUCUCUGUAGAUGGGGAAUGUUUCGAUACAAGCGAAGAAGAUGAAGAACUACAAUCAAUAUCACAUAUGAAUAUUGAAGAAGUGCUGGGUAAAGGUCGUAAGGAUUCCGAUUUUAUGUUACAUCCAAAAGUAUUAGUUGCCUGUAUGCGUGUCGAUACAACAUUCCAAUCGAAAUCGGUGCCAAAAAUACAAACCCUGCUUAGUUUCAAUACGGUGUGUGUGAAUUUGUUGAAUAAACCCAACGAUAACGAUGAGCUGCCGCCAAUGUUAAGGAAUUAUCAUUUGGCGAAUAAUGUCAAAAUACCACAGGCAUUUUUAAUAUUCACUUUACAAAAUAUUAAAAUGCAUGGUGUCGUCUAUAGUCGUAUGAAAUAUAAUGCCAAUUUGAUGUUGACAGCCCAUAUAAAAUAUUUGGAUUAUGGAUUUCUGAAUAUGUUACCCCUGUUGGAGGAGACAACAGUGCAAACCUAUUUGGAAAUGGAUCAAAAGAAAAAUGUGGUGAAUGCCAAUUUUGUGUUUGAUCGUUUGCGUUUUAAUUUGGGACCCUCGGUACUGCACACCCUACUCUCAUCGAAAUUGCAUUGGGAAGAGUGUUUAGAUGCGAAUGAAAGACGCAUACGUCAUGUGUUGAUACCAAAAUGUAUUGUGGUAAACCGUACCAUGACGGCCAUGGCUUUUGGCCAAUCGGGUACACAUGAACGCAUCCCGCUAAGUCCCAAAGAAUGCUGCAUGUAUUCAUUUCGUAGUGAUUGUAAUAGUCAAGAUUUGACUCUUUAUAUAUCUGAUGAAGAAACGAACACAGUGGAUACAUCCGAAUCGAUACAUAUUCCAUUUAAAUUUGAGAGCGAAACAAUGUCACAAACAUUUUGCAUUGGCAGCAAAUGUAUUAUUGUGAAAUCGAAAAAGUUAUCUGGUUCCCAAAUAUGUGUUUUAAUACAAGGGCAAAUUGAGCUGAUAUCAAUGGUUGAACAUAAUUUACGUUUAGAAUUUCGCCAAGAGGGAAAAUUGUAUGAUGAGGCGAAUAAACCAUUGGAAUAUUUUAUUGAACGAAAUGGUCGUAAUUCGUUUUAUUAUAAUGUCAAUCGCAAUUCGAAUAUAUCGAUGAGGCUGAGAUUGGCAGAUAAUAAAGUACGAGCUCGCACGGGUGAUAUACCCUUGAAAAUGAACAAAAAACUACCAUGGCUGGUUAAAGUUCCUGUCAACAACAAUGAAUUCAUUAGCUUUUGGGUUCGGAUACUGCGCGAAGAUAUAACUACAACCACAGCAAAUAACGAUUCAAUGCAACCACAAAAAAUUCUCAUUACCAUAUGGCCAAUAUUUGAAAUAACAUCGCGGCUAAAUUGUGCCAUACAGGCAAAAGAACAAAAUACUGAACAAGAAUUUAGCGUGAUGGGUCAGGGAGGGCAAUAUAUAUUGGAUGCAUCAGCCACGCACCUAACAGAACAUCCUUUGAAUUUCAAAUAUGAUUUUCCAUUGGCAACAUCCUCGCAGGACAAUUACACUUUGCGUUUAAGAUCAUUAGAUUGGCAAAAAUUCUUUUGGUAUGAUGAACAAAAAUGGACCAUAGAGAAUGCCUUGAAUGUUUUGGCUAAACCAGCCACAAAGAAUUGGCCUCUGGCAGCCGAUGAAGAAGAGUUAAAGGUUAAACGUAACUCCCUAGGCAAUGGAGAAAGUGAUGUCAUUUACAAUACUCAAGUUAGCCGGGAAUUUUCGUGUACUUUAAAUUUGGAAAUUGCACCAUGGGGAAUGUUUAUUAAUGGUACGGGUGUGAAUAUACAACUGAAGGCAUUUGCCCCACCGGCAACGCCUCAACAACACCUGCAACAACAUGGGGAUGGAAAACACAUUUCAAUUGCCGCCAAUAACUUGGAAAUGUUAUUUAAUAUUUCACAAGGUUUUGUUAUUGGCAUACAAAAUAGUGUUGAUAAUUGGAAUUACUCAUUGCCAAUAUUUUUCGAAAAUGCCUUGUCGAAUCAAUGUAAACGAUAUUAUGUUCUAACCGAAGGAGAUAUUACCGAUAUUGUUAUCCUACGAGGCAAGGAAGUGUUUAAAUUUGCCGAAAAUGUCACGCGAUCCAACAUUCAAAGAUUAAAUGAAAAGACACCAAAUACAGAAAUCAAUUCCACUUCGAAAUGGAACAGCAGUAUUGGCUUAUCAUUGACCACAUUUUAUGACAUUAACUAUGAGAGUGCACAACGAUCGGUGGAUACCGCCUUCGUAUAUUUUGUAAUAAUUAAAAUGCUGGAAGAUUCGGAGGUAUCAAUACCAAUACCCCUCGCCUUACCAUUCAAUCGUAAAUGCAUUAGUGUACAACGUGGAAAUGAAUCCUACGCCUUGGUGGUAUCGUUAAUAGAACAUGAUGGUCUAUAUUAUUUAUGCAUCACCGAAGAUCUUUCACCUGCCGUUUUGGUUAACAAUCAGACGGAUUGUGCAUUUAUUGUGGCCCAAACUAAUGCCUCGGAAAAUAGUAAAGUUUCUUCAACCACCCCAGAAUAUGAUGGCAAACAUUUGGAAUGGUAUCAUAUGAUACCCAAACAAAGUAAAUGUUAUUAUACCCCUCCCGAAUGGUAUACUCGAUUCCCCGAAGUCGAUUCAACAUUGUGCAAUAUCACAUUGGCUUUGUAUGAUGAUACCUCUACCAAAAAGACCAUUAAAUGGUCCAAGCCCAUACGUUUGGAUAAGACAUGGAAAAAAUUCCUACACAUCCCCGGCCAUGGUGAUGUUAAAGUUAUAAUCUGUGAUAAACAUCGUGUUAUACGAUUAAAUAUCUACUACAUAUCCCAGCAAAUGGAAUUUUCCGUGAAAGAUUUAAGGUUGAGACUCUCAACGACAGAACCUAAAACAACAGAUGAACAGGGAAAUCUAGACCCCAAACCUCCAAGCGACUCAACGAUAACCAAACUCUAUACAGAAACACCACAAUUUUCCAAACCCGAUGUAUGUCAUCAUUUCCGCAACGAAUGUGAAUCACGUCCCAAUACCAAAGUUCGACUAUUCAUUAAGGAGAUCGUCCUCAGCCUACACACCGAUAGUCCACAACGUCAAUAUAUGAAACAAGAGGUUGUUAGUCUAUAUGCAGAUGAUUUUGUUAUGGCCUAUGACGAUUCCGAAGAUGAACGUCUAUUGAGUAUGGCCAUACCAAAUCUGCAAAUUGAUAAUCAAUUAUUUUCAACGGGUAAAUAUGAUUUCCCGGUUAUUCUAUGUGCCCAAGAUUUGUAUCAACGUAAUGAUAUGUUACCCGAACCCUAUUAUCUUGGAAGUUAUUAUAAAUAUUUGCUGGAAAAAUCUCCAAUGAUAAAAUUGAAAUUAAAACUCUAUGAAGAUGAAUUUAAAAUAUGUUCGCUGAAGUGUCAUUUCAAUCCGAUACGAGCCUAUAUAGAGGAUGCAUAUAUUACAGAUUUCUUGGAUGCCCUGGUGGAAUGUGAGCCCUCGAAUUGUGCCUAUCGUCCCAAGCCGAAAAUUGAACGUAUUGAAUUGGUGGGAAAUCAAAUGUGUGUACCAAAUGAUGUGGCAUCGGCGGCAUUAUAUACCGCAGAGCCCCUGCAGUUGCGUCAAUUCUGUAUUGAACCUAUGAGUGUUUUAUUGUCCGUUCAUACCUCGGUACGUUUGUAUAUCGCGCUGGAUCACUCACCCCUAUCAUUUUCAUUAUAUGAACGCAGCCAUUUGUUGACAAUGCCCAUGAAAUUUGGACAAUCUCUGGGUAUGCAUUAUUUGUCGGGUGCUAUUUUUGGUGCUGGCUGGGUUGUGGGUUCUUUGGAAAUUCUAGGCAGUCCUAGUGGCUUGGCAAGAUCUGUUACCACAGGAUUAAAAGAUUUUGUGUCCUUACCGGUAAGAGGUCUCUUCCGUGGUCCUUGGGGUUUUAUUGUAGGUAUAACCCAGGGCUCGGCAUCGUUGCUGAGAAAUGUUACGGCUGGUACCGUUAACUCUGUUACAAAAUUGGCGGCCUCGGUGGCACGUAAUUUGGAUCGUUUGACAUUGGAUGAGGAGCACAUAGAACGCACUGAGGCUUUGCGACGUUCUCGACCUCAAGGUUUUACUGAAGGUCUAUCACAGGGCAUGACCGGAUUGGGUAUAAGCAUGCUGGGAGCUGUUGGAGGUUUGGCACAUCACACCUUGGAGGCUCGUUCAACUGUGGAAGUAUUUACUGGCCUAAGUAAAGGUUUGGUGGGUGCUUUUACAAAACCCAUUAGUGGUGCUGCAGAACUUCUUGCCUUGGCUGGUCAAGGUAUGCUGCAAACUGUGGGCUUUAAUGCAAUGCCCAAGCAGAGAUCACCCUCCACUUCACGGAAUUUGUCAUUGGAACCAUCCGGUUAUCGUACAUGGAAAAUUCUACCCAUUGAAAUGUCUUGUGAUCAGAUUUUAUUCUAUCAUGAGGUGACACUGGCCGUGGAGGAGCAUAUGAAAAGGGGUUAUGUUUUUCUAACAUCAAGGAUUUUUGCCAUUAUUGAGGCGGAGACAAGUAGAUUAUUAUUUGCUUUACCUUUGGACAAGGUGCAGGUUACUGCAGAUGCCAAUGAUAAAACCAAAUAUUAUGUGCGCCUAACACGAGAAAGGGAAGAUAUUGAAGAGGAUGCCGAUUUUACCAAUGAACGUAUUAUGAAUUUCCUUCACACCUCAUCGAUAAAGAUAACAUCCGAUUCUCUAUUUUCCGAUUUAUUACAACAUAAUGCAACGCAUGAACCGAACGAUAUCAUCAUGAAUAGUACAUCUAACUAUAAACGAACACAAACCUUGGAUUGGACAUUUUAUAUAAGCGAACAUUUGGGUGAAUAUAUUUUACGUUAUUUUAAAAUUUUAAAUACCAAAUAUCUAAAUUAA